AUGGCUGAGGACUAUAACAAACAGAAGGUAUACUUGACUGACAUAAGUAGGGAGCCGAAUGCUGGAGGUCGAAAGCAAGCACGGAUAGAGCUCCGUGCUCUCAAGGAUGCAUAUGCAUUGAAGAUUGAGCCUGAGAUGAUGCCGAAGGAGGAAAGCACUGUCCCGGAUACAAAUCUGUUCAGGGUGACUGCCUACUGCACUGCAGAUGGAUAUGACCUCAAGAAUCUGUACAAGUAUUUGAAAAAGAACUCUCUGUGUAAUAAGGUGUCGAUGUACUUUGGAGAGUGCCUGUAUACCCUAAUGAACUUCCGUGGUAGCGAGGAAAGGCACGACUGCUUCUUUUACGAAUACGGUGUUGUGGUGUGCUGGGGAAUGUCGGAAACGCAAGAGUCUAUGAUAGUCAAGCUUGUUGAGAAGUACGAGGAAAAUGGGCAUGAGCCGUCAGAGGUUGAGAUUGAGUCGUUUAAGUACGGAAUAACAGACAACCCAUUUAUCAUUAAUGAUGUGAUAUAUCUGAACUCUGAGAACCACUUUACAAAGAUGGUGAUUUCGAUUGCAAUAGCCCAAAGCGUGAAGCUGGACUACUUUGAAAAUCUUGUGGAUAACACUAUUGAUGCGGUCAAGGAGUUUCCAGAAGAGGUUGAGAGAGAGGGGAAGGUCAGCAAGAGUAAAAAAGAGAUACUGAAAAUGAUAGGAAAGCUCCAUAGGCUGCGAUUCAACCUGAAUCUUGGGUCCAAUAUUCUUGACGAGCCUGAGUUUGUGUGGGACUAUCCUGCAUUUUCGUCUCUCUAUGAGACAUGCAAAAGAUAUCUUGACAUUAAGCCGAGAGCUGACCUACUGAACAGAAGAUGCGAUGUGAUCAAUGGGAUAUUAGAGAUUCUUAACGAGAACACCAAUAGAAGCAGUAUCGAGAAGUUUGAGGUUGUUCUAAUUAUUAUAGUAUUGAGCAAUGUUGUGCUGAUAAUAUCCCAACUAAUAGAAAUGUACAUCAGACUUUCAAGUAGUUCGUGA